CAUUUUCAUAGCAGACUCAAUGAAAGAGGCUCAGGCUGGAACUCAAUUGCAACCGCCACACUUCACAUUCUCAGCGGUUGCACUCAUUCUAACACAGUGCCCGCUCAAGAACAUUCAUUUUUUCCGCAACUUUAAGCUGCUACAUUACACUCAGUAGGAACAACAGACAACAGCGCCCCCUGGCUACAUGCAUGAGUCCUGCAUCACGCUGGGAAUAAAAGCUCCAUCAUCCUCCUGCGAUACGAGCAUCGUUUUGGUGGAGCUAGGACAUCCUCCCAGCCCUUCGACACUCAUGACUGCCGACUAGGGUCGCUCUCUAACGGACAAACCAGGGGGAUAUAAAGACAGUAUUAUGGCCAAACACCGUAAAGACAGAGACAGCUGGGGUGAGUGGUCCCUCAGUGAUAAAAACGUCUACGACUGGAGCUCAGAGGAGGAGGAGCCGGAUGGACGGGCCCGGCCCGUGCAGGUGCUGCUGGUCAAAGACGACCACACCUUUGAGCUGGACGAGGCGGCGCUGAGCCGCAUCCUGCUGGCGGAGGAGGUCAGAGACCGAGAGGUGGUGGCCAUCUCUGUGGCCGGAGCUUUCCGCAAGGGCAAGUCCUUCCUCAUGGACUUCAUGCUGCGUUACAUGUACAACCACGCAUCUGAAGGCUGGCUCGGAGAAGCAGACGAGCCUCUGACGGGCUUCUCCUGGAGGGGGGGCUCAGAGAGGGAGACCACUGGGAUCCAGAUCUGGAGUGAGGUCUUCCUGGUGGACAAGCCAGAUGGAAAAAAGGUCGCUGUAUUGCUAAUGGACACACAAGGCACGUUUGACAGCCAGUCGACGCUGAGGGAUUCAGCCACUGUGUUUGCACUGAGCACAAUGAUAAGCUCCAUGCAGGUUUACAACAUCUCACAGAAUGUACAAGAGGACGACCUGCAGCACUUACAGCUUUUCACUGAGUACGGCAGACUAGCUAUGGAAGAGACUUUCCUCAAACCCUUCCAGUCCAUGAUUUUCCUCGUUCGAGACUGGAGCUUUCCAUAUGAGUUUCCCUACGGACAGGAGGGAGGCAUGAAGUUCCUUGAGAAGAGACUUAAGAUCUCAGAGAACCAGCAUGAAGAGCUGCAGAACGUGCGUAAACACAUCCACUCCUGCUUCACCAACAUCUCCUGUUUCCUGAUGCCUCACCCCGGCCUCAAAGUGGCCACCAACCCACACUUUGAUGGAAGAAUUAUAGAGAUCGACGGCGAGUUCAUCAACAACCUGAAGGUUCUGGUCCCGUGGCUUCUCAGUCCUCGUAACAUCGACGUGAAGGAGAUCAACGGCAGCGAAAUCACCUGCAGAGGCCUGUUGGAGUACUUUAAGGCAUACAUCAAAAUUUACCAAGGUGAGGAGCUGCCACAUCCAAAGUCCAUGCUGCAGGCCACAGCAGAGGCAAAUAAUUUGGCAGCAGUAGCAGCCGCAAAGGACCUGUACAACAAGAAAAUGGAGACGGUCUGUGGGGGUGACAGGCCUUUCCUGGCCCCCAGCGAGCUGCAGACCCGACACAGCCUCAUCAGGGAGGAGGCCCUGCAAGUGUUUCGGGGCGUGAAGAAGAUGGGAGGCGAGGAGUUCAGCCGCCGCUACCUGCAGCAGCUGGAGGGAGAAAUCGACGAGGUGUUUGUCCAGUACAUCAAGCACAAUGACUCCAAGAACAUUUUCCACGCAGCCCGGACGCCGGCCACCCUGUUUGUAGUCAUCUUUGUCAUGUACGUGGCUGCGGGCAUCACAGGCUUUGUGGGCGUGGACGUCAUUGCCAGCUUGUGUAACAUGAUCCUGGGUCUGGCAUUGAUCACUCUCUGCACCUGGGCCUACAUCCGCUACUCCGGGGAAUACAGAGAACUGGGCGCCGUCAUCGACCAGGUGGCCGGUGCACUGUGGGACCAGGGAAGCACAAAUGAGGCUCUCUACAAGCUGUACAAUGUAGCGGCCAAUCACAGGCACCUGUACCACCACGCCUUCCCCGGCGGGCCUCAGGUGGACAAGGAUGCAGAGGAGCAGGACAAGAAGAGGGACUGAUUAGAUAAGACAGAAUAUAGCAGGGACUUCAUGGUGAGGAGGAGGAGGAGGAGGAGGAACAUCCUCACCCAUCAGGCACUCCUUUAUUCUGCUAUUGGCUGGUGCUGCCCACCAAUACAUCCACUACUUU